AUGACGAUCAAAGGCUUCUACCUGGUCGGGCAAGAUAAGACUAUUUAUCGUCAAGACAUCCAUAUCGAUCGAUACCAUGACUUCGAGGCACUGCAAGUUGCUGUAGCUGAACAGUACAACAUAAUUCAAUCGACCGGUAUUGGUCUUCAAGAUUCUACAGGACAGGACCUACGGGACUUGGAUGCGGUUCUAGACUGUGACCAAGACAUUGGCAUAGCAGUUGACGGACAAAGUAUCAAGGAUGCCGCUGGCCCGGAGGGACUUCCUUUUGUAGGAAGUUACUACGAGGUUUUCCCCGACCAUCUGGGUAACCAUGCUCGCUUGUUUCAAAAAUAUGGAUCUCUCAUCAAAUAUGAGACAAUGGGCAGGCAAAACUACCUCACAAACGACCCGGCCAUUGCAACAGUGGCGUUACAAGAAUCUGCCUUUUUCAGCAAGCAUAUCACGCCAGACCACCCUUUGGCCAGUAUCAAGGACAACAGAGCCCUCUUCAUCUGCGACACUGAUACAGAGGCAUGGAGACUAGCCCAUAAGUUCAUCCCGCCUUCUAUGGCACCAAAGGCGGUUAGACAUUAUACCCCUCUCAUGGAAGCGUCGGUCAAAGAUUCCUUCAAGGUUUUCGACCAGCUCGACGAGCAGGCCGAGGCCUGGAAUGUUUAUCAGUACAUGCUCAAGCUCGCAUCCCAGACCGUCUUCAAGUUUGCGCUUGGUUACCAUGCCCAUCACUUUGACCACCCAGACUCGCCGCUGAACGAGUUGGUGGUGUUGAUAUCUCAGUCGCUUUCGUUGAACAAGAAGGUCAUGUCACGUGGUGCUUGGUACGGAAAGCUUGGUGCCAUUCCUUUUACAACCGCGUAUGACCUGAACAAGGUUCAGCACAGGCUGUCGACUGUUAUUAGCAAUGCCAUCGAUCAAGCACCAAAAGGAGAGAGCGAGGAUGAUCUCCCAUUGCAGACUGCUGCUCUGGGAGCCAGCUGUAUAGUCGACUAUCUCAAACGAGCCACCGACGACAAGGGUAACAAGCUACCUCGCGAACUUGUCAUCCCAAACAUGUUCCCCAUCUGUGCCGCCGGUUUCACAACAACCUCCUCCCUCCUCUCCUGGCUCCUCUACGCCCUCUGCGUCUACCCCGGAAAUCAAGACCGCCUCCUCCAAGAACUCGUCGACGCCGGCAUAUCCGAUGCCACAAAAUGGACACCCGAACUCUCAGACUCCCUCCCCUUCCUCGACAAAUUAGUCAAAGAAACCCAACGCUUGCACAACCCCUCUUUCCAACCCGGUCGCACCGCAAAAGUCGACUGCAUCCUGCCGUCGGGCUACAAACUGCCCGCCGGCUCCGUCGUCAUCUGCGCGCUCCACGCCAUCCACAACAACCCGCGUAUCUGGAGUAACCCCGACCGCUUCGACCCGGACCGCUGGGGCACAGAGGAGGUCAGCGGGCGGCCGAAGAAUGCGUAUAUGCCGUUUGCCACGGGCCCGAGGAGUUGUAUUGGGUUUAAUUUUGCGUUGGGCGAGGUCAAGGUAUGA